AGCACAUACGCAGGUCGGCAGCGUAUCUGCGGUACUGGAAUUUCAUGAGGAAGGAGACGGGGGGCGUGUAAAAGCCUUUUUAAGAGUGAGAUUAUGAACCGUGGAAAAGGAGAAACACGGUCCUACAAGGGUCCUGAGCGGAGGCCAUGAAAUGAAUGUACUGACAGAGUAUUCUCUCCCAGGCAGCGGACUGAGAGUCGGGGGGCUCUGACUGUGCCUUGACUCCGGCCACACACAAAGAGGCGUUUUUCCCUCGGUGGCGUCCAAGCCCAGGGGGCACUGCGUGCCGUCCGCUCCCUCACGGGGCGCCCAGCGCGGAUGAACGCGGGGGACUGGGAAAGAGCUUUCGAAGCGGCAGAGCGCUGCGCCAAAGCGACGGGAGGUUCCGAUUCUCAGCGGGCACUAUAUUUGUAUGUGUCUUGUAGAACCCACGCUUGGAAAUGCUGACGGCAGGCUUCAGGACAGCUGAGCCCCAAUAAACACCAAGAAAACCCACGGCUCUGGCCGCAUCUUCCAACAUGACCAAUCCACAGCCUGCCAUAGAAGGAGGAAUUUCCGAAGUUGAGAUAAUCUCCCAACAAGUAGACGAAGAAACCAAGAGCAUUGCUCCCGUGCAGCUGGUGAACUUUGCCUAUCGGGACUUGCCCCUGGCUGCUGUCGAUCUCUCCACGGCGGGCUCGCAGCUCCUGUCAAAUCUGGACGAAGAUUACCAAAGAGAAGGGUCUAACUGGCUGAAGCCGUGCUGUGGGAAGAGAGCAGCCGUGUGGCAGGUAUUUUUGCUCAGUGCAAGUCUCAACAGUUUCCUGGUAGCCUGUGUAAUAUUGGUGGUGAUUCUCCUGACUCUGGAACUUCUAAUAGAUAUAAAGCUUCUCCAGUUUUCCAGCGCGUUCCAGUUUGCUGGUGUGAUUCACUGGAUCAGCCUGGUCAUUCUGUCCGUGUUCUUCUCAGAGACUGUUGUACGGAUUGUGGUGCUUGGGAUCUGGGAUUACAUCGAAAACAAAAUAGAGGUGUUUGACGGGGCUGUGAUCAUCCUGUCUUUGGCUCCGAUGGUGGCAUCCACUGUGGCCAACGGACCCAGGAGCCCCUGGGACGCCAUCAGCCUCAUCAUCAUGCUCCGGAUCUGGAGGGUGAAGAGGGUCAUAGAUGCCUACGUCCUGCCAGUGAAGGUGGAGAUGGAGAUGGUUAUCCAGCAGUACGAGAAGGCCAAGGUCAUCCAAGACGAGCAGCUGGAGAGGCUGACGCAGAUCUGUCAGGAGCAAGGGUUUGAGAUCCGGCAGCUGCGCGCGCACCUCGCGCAGCAGGACCUGGACCUGGCAGCGGAACGCGAGGCGGCGCUGCAGGCCCCGCACGUGCUCAGCCAGCCGCGCAGCCGCUUCAAGGUGGUGGAGGCCGGCACGUGGGACGAGGAGACGGCGGCCGAGAGCGUCGUGGAGGAGCUGCAGCCGUCGCAAGAAGCCACAGUGAAAGAUGACAUGAACAGCUACAUCAGUCAGUAUUACAAUGGGCCCCGCACUGACAGCGGUGUCCCAGAGCCAGCUGUGUACGUGGUCACCACGGCUGCAAUAGACAUCCACCAGCCCAACAUCUCCUCGGACCUUUUCUCUCUGGACGUGCCCCUCAAGCUCGGCAGUAAUGGCACUGGUGCCAGCGCCACCUCGGAGAUUGCCUCCCGCAGCUCAGUCACCCGGGCCCAGAGUGACAGCAGCCAGACACUGGGCUCCUCCACAGACUGCAGCACUGCCCGAGAGGAACCAUCCUCUGAGCCCAGCCCUGCUCCCCUGCCACUGCCGCUGCCACCCCAGCAGCAGGUGGAGGAGGCCACAGUCCAGGACCUGCUGUCCUCCCUGUCAGAGGACCCCUGCCCAUCCCAGAGGGCCUUGGACCCAGCCCCCCUCGCCCGGCCCAGCCCACCGGGCUCGGCCCAAACCAGCCCCGAGCUGGAGCACAGGGUAAGUCUGUUCAACCAGAAGAACCAGGAGGGCUUCACCGUCUUUCAGAUCAGGCCUGUCAUCCACUUCCAGCCCACUACACCCGCGCUGGAGGACAAGUUCAGAUCUUUGGAAUCCAAAGAGCAAAAGUUGCACAGGGUCCCUGAGGCCUAGAGCCUGCAGUGGGCUGGGUGGGAGGAGGGGAGACAGCCAUCUCGAAGCUCUCCUGGGACCCUGGAGGCUGCCACGGGCCACAUGCGGGGCCCAGGAGCCCGCCUGGCCUCCCUCAGGGUGCUGCCUGCCUCCAAGGAGGUGAUGCCAGGCCAGGAGGCCACAAGCUUCAGACCUCAAAGCCCAGAGCUGGCGCCUCUUCUCGCCCUGCUCAGGGGAGGGGAGGGUGGUGCUCGUGGCUGGGUUUUCUUUUUAACCAUUUUUACAAAAACCAGCCUGUAGCCCAGCUUCAUCAGGGUAGAGUGCGGGGGGCCAGCUCAGCCUCUUCCGUUGCCUUCGUUCCUGACGCCCACCCCCGGACCCUCGGGAACAGCACUGUGAGCAGGGGCUGUCCAGCCCCACCCUAAGCCGUCUCUCCCAGGAAUCCUGGGUGGAGUCCCACACAAUCACACGGAGACCACCAUCUGAGCCUACUUCAUUUGUCCUCAUUCUCAUUCCAGCAUGAGUGUUUCUGAGUCUCUUCAAGACAAAUCUAGUUUUCACCUUCACAGGAUAUAAAGGGAUCAACCUAGAGGUGGGUGGGAGGGUUCUGGGAGGCAGGGGGGCAACCAUUUUCCAACCUUGGCUUUAAUAAUAAAAACCAGCUGCACUGAGA